GGUCUGAGUUUCUGAGUUUUGCUACUGGUGCCGGUGUAAUUAUAGGCGCGGGUGCUGCUUCAGGAAUUGCAACUAAUGUCGGAAUUGCUGUGCUUGCAUCUAUUUUUGGUGCAACUGGUGCGGGAUUAGCUGGUGAAUUUUGCUGUUAUAAAAUGAACAAGCGUGUUGGAGCUAUUGAUGAAUUUGUCAUCGAAUCUUUGACAGAAGGUAGCAGCCUCCAUUGCGUUUUGACAGUCAGUGGAUGGAUAGAAGAUGAUAGCAAGAAUGCUUUUCGAAAACAGUGGCGCCAUUUAUGGAUGUCUCGUGAGCAAUUCACUUUGCGCUAUGAAAGUAAAUAUCUCAUAGAACUUGGAAAAGCCAUUGAAUAUUUAAUGUCAUUUGCUGUUUCCGUCGCCAUACAGCAAACUCUUAUGGAAACUGCGUUAGCUGGUUGUUAUUUUGUCGGAGAUUUCCUAGCUGAAAUACUACUUCGACGUGCUCACGGGAAAUAUCCAAUCACUUUAAUAGGUUUCUCUCUCGGUGCUCGCGUAAUUUACCAUUGUCUUCUUACAAUGAGCCAAAGGGCUGAUUAUGCAGGUAUUUUUUGGAAAACCAUUUUAUUAUUGUAG